AUGGGAUGCAGUUGGCAUAGCCCGCCCAUUACACUUAGGCCUCUCAAAAAUAGCGAGCAGACUGCUGAUUUUUCUUUGGACAAACAGACACUGUUUUUUUCUGGAAAGGAGUUCACUUUUGAUCAUGUCUUUGGCCAGACAGCAUCACAGCAUAAAGUUUUUUCCGCCGCAGUCAAGCCCCUUGUCAGCAGAUUUCAUGCCCAGGUCUACAAUGACGACCUACGGGAUUUAUUGAGCCCAGACAAUGUGAGCUCAGGUGUUCAGAUCAGAGAUAGGGGCAACAAUCAGGUAGAAGUGACUGGCCUGACUACACAUGAAGUAACUGGAUCUGACGAAGUAACCCUUCAUUUAUUACCUCCACAGAUUCUCCGUUUUCUCUUUAUAGGUGGUCAUGCUAGAAAAACCGCUUGUACCCACAUGAAUGCAACUAGUUCUCGUUCGCAUGCUAUUUUUACCAUAAAGCUAAAAUUCUCGCGUGUGGGCGAGGUGCGUAUCUUUUUUUUCUUUUUUAUAGAGCCGGGGUAUUUCACUAUCAGUUCUUUCUUUUCUCAACAGGUUAACGAAAGAGUUACUUCAAAAAUCAAUUUUGUCGAUUUAGCUGGAAGUGAAAGCCUCAAACGAACCGGUGCCGAAGGUGAACGAGCCAAGGAGGGCAUAAACAUUAACAUGGGUCUCUUAGCGCUUGGAAAUGUAAUAAACUCUUUAUCUGAGGGUCGUGUCCACAUUCCUUACCGUUCAUCAAAGCUUACCAGACUCCUCUCAGAUUCUAUCGGUGGUAAUUCUAAAACGCUCUUCAUCGCAUGUAUAUCGCCAGCCAAGGAAGACAAACAUGAAACACUCAACACACUAUUGUAUGCUUCUCGGGUGAAACGGAUACAUAACCGAGCUGUACAACAGAUAACCUCCGAGAAUGAGGUUAUUUCUCUCAAAGCUGAAAUCGUUUGGCUCCGAAAGCAACUAGAAGUUUUUCAGGUUCGUUUGGCGAUCGCUACAACUGUUUAA